UUACAUUCCUUCAUUCACUUCCAAAUUAUAUCACAAUCUUUACAUUCGUGUCUUGACUGGCAUCGAUUUUGCAUUACUGCUCAAAGACUUGAAGUCCAUUCUUUUCGCUUUCAAACCCUUUGUUUACCCCCUUUUUUCCCCAAAAAAAGCUCCAAAGAGAGUACUUGUGCUUGCUGCCAAACACCCGAUAUCCAAUUUCUCAAGAUAUCAACCUUUUUUUUUCCCUACCGCCAAGAUGAAGACCACCGGAACCAUCACCGCCGCCCUUAUCGGCAUGGCCUCGCUUACCAGCGCCCACUACACCUUCGACAAGACCAUCCUCAACGGCAAGCAGGUCGGCGGAGACAAUGCUUCUAUCCGCAAGCACCAGAACAGUUUCAUGCCCAUCAAGUUCAACAAGACCCCCCAGGGAUCCAUCACCCCUACCGUCGCCGACUUCUCGUGCAACAAGGGCGCCGUCGGUGCCAAGGACGUCAUCCAGGUCAAGGCCGGCGACAAGAUUGCCAUGAAGCAGGGCUUCGGGGCCACCGGAAUGCUCCACCCCGGCCCGGCUCAGGUCUACGUCUCGCCCGUCUCCGACGCAAAGACUGACAAGGGAGAUGACUGGUACAAGAUCCACCAGAGCCUGAUCUGCAAGCAGGGCAGCCCCGAGAGCCUCCGCACCGACGCCUGGUGCAGCUGGGGCGAGGACAAUGUCAACGCCGUCAUCCCCGCCUCCAUCCCCAACGGCCAGUACCUGCUCCGCGGUGAGCACAUUGGUCUGCACGGCGCCCACGACGGCCAGGCCGAGUUCUACGUCGCCUGUAUGCAGAUCGAGGUCACCGGCAACACCGCCACCACCAUGCCCGGCACCAGCGCCAAGAUCCCCGGCAUCUACAAGUCCACCGACAAGGCCGUCAACUUCAGCGUCUGGGGCCGCUCGACCAGCUACGACACCGCCCCUGGCCCUGACGUCAUCCCCGGUGGUACCAUCCGUGGUUCCGCCAACGGUGCCGGUGGCGACAAGACCAUCACUGUUGCUGGUGGCGGUGGCGCUGCCCCUGCCGCUGCCUCCAGCACCAACAACAACAAGAGCGGUAACAGCGGCACCAAGAGCAUCAAGGAGGUCAAGCCUGUCCAGGCCGCCGCCGCCGCCGCUGACAACAAGCAGACCUCGUGCAACCGCCGCCGCCGCUCCCUGCCCAGGCGUGCAGCUGAGCAGCUUGUCGAAGAGGCUGAGAUGGAGCUGGAGGAUUCCGAGUAAACUCUUGUCAUAAGUAGUCGCACGAGUCGUGUUCAUAAGGGGGGAGCUGGACCCGAUCCUCACAGGGACCAAACCAGGAAGUUGAAAAUCCUAGUUGAUGAUCCCCCCGUAGAACCAGCACUACCCCCAGGCUCUCUCUCUGCCUGCCUGUAACUUUACCAAUUACCUUUGUUGUACAUAUAAAUAUAUCUUGAUGCUAGGCUCAUCGAAGCGAACCAAUACAUAUCCCCCUGGGAAAACCCAUAAA